UUUAUGACACCUCAUCCCGCCCUUCGCCAGUUACCAUGGCAGCGGCAUUCGCGUCCUUUCGAGACGGAAGUCAGACGGCGUUCGGUUUCAACCAGAACACAGAGAGACGCGUCAUGUCGGUCAGUAACAGGACUGGGAGGACAGCGGCUGGUUCUGGGCUAUGGAACUACGCCAGACAGCCCCAGUACAGCAAAGAGACACAGGAGCUGAUGAAACUGAUGAUGCAGGAAUCCAGACUGACCAGCUUUCAGCAGAGACAGCUUAACACCAGGAUGAAAAAGGGGGACAGUCUCCCAUUGAAGUGUAACCCCACCUCCAGCGAUGACCAGAAGGCCCUGCCCCCUGCCCCUGCACCAAUCAAAGCCCUCGGAGUGUCUGGCAAACGCCAGCUGCGCAGCGCCGAGCUGUGCCGUUCCGGAAACGCCUACGAGAGAGAAAAGUUCCGCCCCAGACCCAUUCGAGACCAGGAGAAAGAGAAGAGGCGCUUACAGAACCUGCUGGCCACGGGACAGGACGCCCCCGAAAACAAACCCCAGAAACGCAGCGCCCCGACAGAGCCGGAGCCGGAGAGAGACCGCUUCCAGGAGGUACUGGAUGAGAUCAGCGAGAGGCAGCAGUUUCUGGAGGACAUGGCAGCUCUGGGGAGAGGGAGACAGUACGAGGCUCUCAUCAGCACUGAGAUCUCACAGAAAAUCCGAGAGCUGGAGAUCAUCGAUAAAGAGAGGAGCUCGGAGCUGAGGAAGAUGAUGGAGAGAAAACAGGAAGAAGAAGCAGCAGAAAAGAAGUGACCUGAAUUUGAGGAUUUCCCUGUGAACUGUCCUGCACUCCACUGAAUACUCAAAGAGCACAAUCCAGUGCACUGGUGGUGUAGUGACUGUGCAGGGUGUGAUCUGGCUCCACUGUGAAGUGCUGAAUGCUCUCCACUCCAGUUACACUCUUCACUUUUUAAAAAUACAAUCUUUGCAGCUCAAGGGGGUUUCGUUCAACCUCUUUAAGUUGACGAGUAACAUCGAUUAUUUUUCUGUUGUUGUUGGAAACGUGUUUUAACACUGCCCUGGCUAUGUUCCCCUGCCUAUUUAAUGCCUACAGCUGAACACAUUUUGCUUCAUAAAGUCAAAUGAAACCUGCUGAAUAAUGUUACGUUAACAUGUUGAAUUACACACCAGCGCUUUGUAGUUUUCCAUAUACUUAA